AUGGCUCCAAAUAGUUAUAGCCUGUCCAGUUUUCCUUUCUUUUCCUUGUGCACUUUCCUCCUAGUUCUGUCCUUUCAAGCAUUUGGCUCGAGUCGUGGCCUGGAUGAUAAGUCUGAUGCCGCAGGUAAUUGUGCAGCCGCAGUUGCUAUACAUGGUUACGAGUGCCACGAGUUUGAUGUAAUAACUGAUGAUGGAUACAUUUUAAGCUUGCAAAGAAUUCCCCAAGGCCGUGGUGGAGGUGGCUUCAGUGGGCCAAAUAGGCCGCCGGUGUUGUUGCAACAUGGGGUUCUUGUGGAUGGAAUGACUUGGCUUGUAAAUCCUCCAGAACAAUCUUUGGCGAUGAUAUUGGCUGAUAAUGGCUUUGAUGUGUGGAUUUCCAACAUCAGGGGAACCAGAUUCAGUACGCGACAUGUGACUCUUGAUCCUAGCACCCCGGAAUUCUGGGAUUGGACAUGGGAUGAUCUAGUGUUUCAUGACUUGCCAGCUAUUAUUGAGUUCGUGUUCAAACAAUCCGGGCAGAAAAUCCACUACGUAGGCCAUUCCAUGGGAACUUUAAUGGCCUUAGCAUCCUUCUCCGAAGGGAAACUAAUAGACAAGGUCAGAUCAGCCACAUUGUUGAGUCCAAUCGCUUACUUGAGCCACAUGACUACAACGCUUGGUGUUCUUGUAGCAAGAGCUUUCGUUGGUGAAAUCACUACAAUAUUUGGACUUGCGGAAUUCAAUCCUAAAGGGGAGCCCGUAUCCAACUUUCUCAAGGCUUUGUGUACCGACCCAGAGGUGGACUGUUAUGACUUGCUAGCCGCUCUUACAGGAAAGAACUGCUGUCUCAGUAACUCCACUGUUGAGCUUUUCUUGAAGAAUGAACCUCAAUCUACUGCGACUAAGAAUUUAGUUCAUUUGGCUCAAACUGUUCGGGAUGGAAUCCUGUCAAGAUAUGACUAUGGAAAUGCUGACUUCAAUGAAGAGCAUUAUGGGGAAUCAAAACCUCCAAUUUACGAUUUGUCGAAAAUACCCAGUGAUCUGCCCAUCUAUCUGAGUUAUGGAGGGGAAGAUGCACUCUCUGAUGUAAAAGAUGUGGAGACUUUGCUUGAUAGCCUUAAAUUACAUGAUGAAGACAAGCUCCAUGUUCAGUAUAUAAAUGAUUAUGCACACGCGGAUUUCAUAAUGGGAGAAACAGCCAAGGAUAUUGUUUAUAAUCAGAUUAUAGCAUUUUUCAGAAAUCAGCAGUAA